UAUAGUUUUCCCCAUAGAAAUCAAUGGAGAGUCCCCACAAAGGUGUAAUUUCAAAUCUGUGUGUAUAUUUGCUCAGAUGUGUGUUACAUGAUCAGUACCAUAAUCAAUGUUUUCUGCAGCCCGUUGGAUCAGCAUGAUGGGUUGUAAUGUGUUUCUUCUGCUGAAACUUCUACUGAUUUCAGAGUUUCACAGCCACUGUUCAUGCCUUUCACAUCAGUACCAUUUUGUAAACAUAAACCUGACCUGGACUGACGCCCAGGCUUACUGCAGACAGAACUACACUGACUUGGCUACCAUUGACAAUAUGGAGGAAAUGAAAAGACUAACUGGGUCUGUAGGCUCUGAUUAUACUGGGGAGGCUUGGAUAGGACUGAAGAAUGGAACAUCAUGGAGAUGGCAGUGGUCCUCAGGAGAAGGAGAUACAGGGUACACCAACUGGGAUACGUAUGCACAGUACAUGCAGAAUAAUGGCCAGCACUGCGUUGGGAUGCUAGACGACGGUUGUUGGAAUAAUAUUAAUUGUUCAUUGUUAAGAAUGACGGGGCAUUUCAUCUGUUAUACUGCUCCCACCUAUGAAGACGGAAUAAAUGCUACCUGGAACUUCACCUUGAUUAAACAAAAUAUGAAUUGGUCUGAUGCUCAGAGCUACUGCAGAUACAAUUACACAGACCUGGCCACUGUGAGGAAUCAAGGAGAUAAUGACUUGAUACAUAAAAUUGUUCCAGGUCACACUUGGGCAUGGAUUGGCCUGUUCCGGGACACAUGGGAAUGGUCAGACCUGUCAAACUCCUCAUUCCGUAACUGGAAAAUUGGCCAAAAUGAUUAUGUGAAUAACACAUGUGCUUUAGCUCAGGUCACCUGGCCUGGGACAUGGGAUGUGACACCAUGUGAUGAAAAGCAUCCAUUCAUAUGCUAUGAUGAUAACCUGAUCUUGGUAAAUAGUAACAUGACCUGGAAUGAAGCCCUGAAUUACUGCAGAACGCACCAUUCGGACCUGGUGUCUGUCCACAAUGAGGAGAUCCAGUACUGGGUCAGUAGGAGAGCUGAGAAGGCCUCCACUGAUCAUGUCUGGCUGGGGCUGCGCUUCUCCUGCUACCUGAACUUCUGGUUCUGGCUCAGUGCAGAAAAUGUCUGGUACCAGAACUGGGCCCCAAACAACAUAUCCAACAGUAACUUGUGUGGAACCACAGGGGCAGUACAAUCUAAAGGCCCACAUUACUGGGUCAGCCUGCCUGAGACUAUGGAGCUCAACUUCAUCUGCUCCAAAUAUCCAAUUCUUACAGGAAAGAGAACAGUGGUGAGACUGACUGUCAGUACUGAUGGAGACAUAAAGGAUCCUGCAUUCAGCAGCCAUCUGUUAAUGCAGCUACAGGAGAAACUGAAUAGCGCAGGCAUGUCAGGAGGCACCGAAUUAUCCUGGAGGACUCAACCUGAUGGCCAAAUCUUCCAUCCAAAGGACUAAAGAGCAUAAAUGAGAAGGGUCUGUGAAUGUGGAAGAAACGAAUCUUCAAUGUGUCUGGAAUCGCAGUGGGAUCUGAGGAGCAGAGCAGCCCAAUAUGCAUUGAUUUGCACAUAAUGCAAAGAAAUGUUUGCUUUCUACUGAAUUCACGAUAAUACAAGUGAUUUUCUAUCCUUUUGUAUCUGCAUAAGAUAAACAUUCAUUUGUACUGAUAAUGAAACGGUAAUUAUCUAACUGCAUUUCAAGCCCCACAGUGCUCACUGCUUUCCUUGGGGUGUUUCAUUUUAAUAGACGAUAAACAUUUAGAGGUGAAAAUGUUUUCCGUAGCCUCAUGAUUCCAGGGUUUUGGGUUUUAACUCUCUGCCUGUAUUUUGUUCUGUAUUUGUGAAGCUUGAAUGUUCUCCUGCCAUUUGCAUGGGUCUCCUUUGGAUACACAAGUUACCCUCCACAACUGCUGAUAAUAACAUUUAAUAACAUACAGCAAAUUACAAAUUAUUGCAUAGGU